ACACGAGAAACUGCGGACCAAGCACAAAUGUUGCCAUAGCCAACCGAGUGCCGCGAGUUGUAUAAAAGGAGCAGACGUUAGGCCCAUAGAUGCAUCAUCGAGACCUCCGUGACGGGCACGCAUCACGAUGUCUAACAGCUGGCUUUUCACCGUCGCCUUAACCGUCACGCUUGUGUCGUCGGCACUGGCCGAGUGCGUCACGUACGGCAACUGUGGCACGGAUCCAGACUCCGGCAAGCCGCUGCCAUGCGCCGCCAAGCGUCAUCCGGUCCCUCUCGAGAGUCAGUUGCUCGAGAAGGCGUGCCCCGCUCUGCUCGACCCAUCCGGCAAGCCAACGCCAGUCUGCUGCGACGCUACGCAGGCGAAAAAUAUGGUGUCUGAGCUCAAGACCCUCCGCGACAUUAUCGUAAAAACAGAUCAGAGGUGCUUUCCAAACUUCCAGAACCUCGUCUGCCAGGCGUACUGCUCGCCGAAGCAGUCCGAAUUCGUCGCCGUCAACCGUACCAGCACCGCGGAAAGCGGCGAAUCCUCGGCCACGGAGUUGGUCUACGCCGUGCACCCGAGUUUCGCCGAGGGAGUGUACGCAGCUUGCAAGGACACCCGCACCCGAUACCUCGGUUUCAAGGUGCCGACUUUGAUGUGCAAAAAGGGCCUCCUUCAAAAGUGCUCUCCCCAACGCUUCCUCGACUUCAUCGGCUCCGUCGCCUCGGAGGGCGGCCACUCGCCGGUCAAGAUGAAAUUCCAGAUCACCAAGAGCCAGUACACAGUGGGGGACCACAAGCUGGAGCCGCACAACCCCAGCUUAAUCUGACCUAUAGCUGAAAGCUGACACGCGCACGCGGCUGCAACGAUUUAUACGUUGGUGAAAUAAAUUGCGAUACUCGACACAACAGAA